AAAAAGAUUAUUUGUUAGGAGAAUUAAGGUUUAUUUUAAGUCUAUGCUCCUUUUAUGUUUUAACGAUGCCUAAAAAAUUUAAAAGUACAAUCCAGGACGAUGUCCAGCGUUUAUUACAAGAAGAAGAGGAGGAUUCUCUUUUGGACAGGAAACGGAAAAUUAUAACCAGCAAUGAAACUAAUAUUACUGAUUUUACUAAUUUUGACGAUUUUUGUUACCGAAAACCUACUUCUAGGAAAAAGGAUAAUAAGAACAUGAAAGCUGAUGAAGCUGACUUCACUAUAAAUAUUGGCUGCGAGAAAGAGACGCUGCCGUUUAAUGAGGAAGGCACCAGGAUUACAAGCUUUAGCAUGAAAGAAGAGCUAGAGGAGGGAUAUUUUAAUAAAGAAGGCGCUUAUGUGUUACGAAAACAAGACGACGAAGAAGGACCGGAUCCCUGGUUAGCCUCGAUCGACUGGAAUCAGGAAUCCUCUUAUUAUGUGAAGCAAACAGCUGUCGAAGAGCUUUUCGAUGAGAGCCACGAAGAAGCUAAUCUUCAGAAAGAUCUCAUAGAAAUUACCAACUAUUUGUUGGACAAUGAAACGGUCUUACAGGCUUUGAAAAGACUUCGCGGCCAGUCUUCUUCUAGAGAACGCCAAAAGACGAAAGGAUCUUCUGGCGAAAUGGAACAGUUCAUGCAACUGACAGCGCUGGCCGAUAAGGUCUUUGCUGCGGGCUACUACGAGAUAUAUUCUGCAACAAAAGAGAAAUGUUGCUGCAAAAUAAAUAAUGGAGAAACGAGUAAUAUCGCUGUUUCUGGUGGUGGCACUCUUACUUUUAGCUUUGACGAAGAACAGUCAACCGGAGGACAUGUUAAUAAUAGUAAAGUAUUAUGGUUUUACAAAUGGCGAGCAAGCGACGCGGAAGUUUAUGGCCCUUUCAGUACUUGUGCGAUGAGGAACUGGCAGGAAGGUAACUUUUUUACUUCGGAAGUCCAGGUGCGUAGAGAAGGCACCACCACCUUUUACCCUGUAGACCGAGUCGAUUUUGAACUUUACUUAUAAUGUUUUCUCAGACUUUAAGUUUGCUUAAGUAAACUCAUAAAUGGUGGAAGAAUAACUUUAUAUUUCACA